AUGGCAGCUGCUGCUCGACAGGAAAUACCGCUGGUGUUGCUUCAGGAUUUGGAGGCUGAGAUGAUGCGAGAGGAGACGUUAGAAAGUCGCUCCGGUGCGUUCUUUGCUGCUGCCUCUCAGGGGACUCUUACAGCAGCAGCAGCAGCAGCUGCUGAAUUGCGACAUCUGGCAAUUGGAGUAGCAGCGCCAGAUGUGGAGGUUGCCGCGGCAGCUGCGCGGAGUUUGCUGACGCAUGCGUUUGCAGUGUAUGCUGUAGCUCAGCGUCUUCUUCGACCAAAGGAGUCGCAACAGCUUUGUGCAUUGCGGGGAGAAAGCGGGGGGUGUGGCGUUUGCUGCUUGAACACGCCUGCUGCGGCUGUACCCCCAGAAGCCAGCGCUACUGCAGCUGCAGCAACCGAAGCAGGCACGCAGUCUGCACCAGCAGCACAGGAGCAGGAGCAGGAGGAGCAGCGAGAGCAAGAGCAGGAGCAGGAGGAGCAGCGAGAGCAAGAGCAAGAGCAAGAGCAAGAGCAAGAACGAGAGCAAGAACGAGAGCAAGAGCAAGAGCAUUACGAACAGCAAGAGCAGCAGGAGCAGCGCGAGCUGUGCGUGGAGAUUGAUGGCUUGGAAGCCUUGGUAGCUUCUUCUUGUGCCAUUGCAGAAACAGCAGGAGGAACGGAGGAUGCGUAUGGAGGGUGCAGUGCUGCCGCAUUGGACGAUCCGCUGUGGUGUGGAGGCGUUGGUGGGGAGACUCGACACAGCAGCGGAGAGAGUGUGAGCAGCAGCUGUUGCUGUGGAAGCAAGGGCGGAAAUCGGAGGAGCAGCCGAAGAUGCUUUCGCCGCUCGAGUUUCCCGAAACGCAUGAAUCCAGCGCAAGAGCAGCAAGCAGAGGACGCAGUUGGAGAUGCCGUUCUGUCGGAAGAUGCAGAAGGUGAACCUCUCACCGCAGCGGCAGCUGGAGCAGCUUGCGCGCAGUUCUCUUGUGUCGCUCUUGCAGCAAGCGUCGUUCGCUUCUCCGCAGGCAAGAAAGCGAGGGCAGCUGUCGUCGCGAAGCGAGCAGCCAUGCCAAACCAACAAGCUGUUUGUGGAUCGUCUGCUGCUGCACAUGUGCCCUUGUCUUGCCGGCAAGGCUGUCAGCAACGGCAGCAGCAGCACCAACAACAGCAGCAGCACCAACAACACCAGCAGCAGCAGCAGCACCAGCAGCGGCAGCAACAGCAGCAGCGGCAGCAACAGCAGCAGCAGCAGCCUCGACAGCCAGUGUUUCUCGUUUCUGCUGCAGCGAGCAGCACCCCUCAUGCCAACGACGCGAAGACGCAGGUGUCUAGACACCAGGGCUGGUUGGUGCGAAGUAUCGAGUCGUAUGACGCGCAGAAGCGGCGUUUUGCUGCAGUUCCACUAGGAAUGCCGCAAGCUGAAGCGGCAAGCGGCACGGAGGCUGCCACAGCUCGAGGAGUUGCGCAGUAUCCUUUCGACGCUUUAGGCUUUGAAGCUCCCGCGUUGGAAGCAGCAGCAGAGACGCUGCAGGUGUGCAUACACCGCACGACAUUGUCGCCUCUCCCCCCACGAGCAGCAGCAGCAGCACCUCGCGGUUCUGACACUCCGUCGUCGUUGAGGGCAGUAGAGGAGCAAAGUGCCUGCGUUUCACGAGUUGUUGCGACUCCUGCUGCCUCCAGAGACGCAGCGUCUUCUACGGGCAGACGAACAAGUGGAAAAAGCGCAGGAAAUCUCAGGAGAAGCUCAGCAGCAUCCGUAUCAGCAGCAUCCGUAUCAGCAGCAUCCGUAUCAGCAGCAGCAGUGUCAGCAACAGCCGAGUCUGCUGCAGUGGCUCAAGCCUUCACCUCUGCCGGAGGAGACACACCAGCAGCCCUUUCAGAGUCUCCUCCCCUGCUGUUGCUCAACAGGACGCCUUUUGGGCUUGCCGUCUCUGAAAGCAGCAAGAGCAGCGGCAAGAGAAAGCUGCUCGUUGAGCGCGUGGCUCCCUUCUCAGCUGCGCACAUCGCGACGAGUCUCCUUCAGCCCUUCACCGUGUUUUCCACGACGGCCGCUUCUGCAGCGGCAGAGGCUGACAUCGAGCUGGCUCCUUCCGCAGACGCUUUCGAGGCUGCCACGGGAGAGACGGCUUCCCUAGCUGCUGCGCAGGAAGGCAGUCCCCUAGUGCAGCCGCGGCAGCGAGCAGCGGCGCAUGCUCAGUCUCCCACCUCCAUCGGCAGCGACUCUCUCUUUCCAGCUGCCGUGCAGCCACUGCCUGGGCAGCACAAGCAGCAAGCUGCCGAAGAAACCGUCUUCAUACAGGGAAAUAACUCGCCGCUCUUGCAGCGCGCCCUCAGCAAGCAAACGGCAUGCAGAAACUCGCGGUGCUGCAGAGGAGCCGUGGCGUCGAAGGAGGGAGUUUUUCUGCAGCUAUGUGCCCUUGAAGACGAGGAUUCAGAAGGUUCGUGCGCUGCCGUCGCCUUCGAAAUUCCCUUGUGCAGGAGGUGGCUCGACUGA